UUUUUCUGUUUUCUCUUCUCUUCUCUGCUGCACAAACUCCAUCAUCCAUUUUUUUGUCAAUCCUUUUUGGUUUUUUUUUUCUGCCCAUUUCCGAAUUAAAAACAGUAAAUUUUUAUUAUUGGACGAAAAAUAGAGAGGAAAAAGAGGGCCUCACGCCCUCUUAUUUAAGCUUCCUCUCCAAUCUUUUUAGAUUUCAAUCUCGUUUUUCCUCUUCUCCGUUUUCUUAAAUUUCGGAAUCCAGGAUCGUGGGUCGAUCGGUUCAGAGAAUCCGAUCAAGACCCAGCUCUUCUUUUUCAUCGAUACAUCCUAUUUUCUUCCCAUAAGAAUGGAAAUGGAAUCUUGUAAGCUGUUCAUCGGUGGGAUUUCUUGGGAGACCAGCGAAGAUUGUCUUCGCGAGUAUUUUCAGAGUUUCGGUGAGGUUUUAGAGGCGGUGAUCAUGAAGGAUCGAGCCACUGGUCGUGCUCGUGGCUUUGGUUUCGUUGUCUUCGCUGACCCCAAUGUUGCUGAGAGAGUCGUUUUGCUCAGACACGUUAUUGAUGGUAAAAUUGUUGAGGCGAAGAAGGCAGUUCCAAGAGAUGAUCACUCAGUAUUUAACAAAAGUAACAGCAGCCUCCAGGGAUCACCUGGCCCAGCACACAGCAAAAAGAUCUUUGUGGGAGGCUUGGCUUCAUCGGUGACAGAGGCUGAGUUUAAGAAGUACUUUGCUCAGUUUGGGAUGAUCACGGAUGUUGUGGUGAUGUAUGACCACAGAACUCAGCGACCGAGAGGCUUUGGGUUCAUUUCUUAUGACUCAGAGGAGGCUGUAGACAAAGUGCUGCAGAGGACAUUCCACGAGCUCAACGGCAAGAUGGUGGAGGUCAAACUGGCUGUUCCUAAGGAAAUGGCUCUGAACCCAAUCCGGAACCAAAUGAAUGUAAAUAGCUUUGGCAGUAGUAGAAUCAGUGCAUUGCUGCUGAACGAGUACACCCAAGGAUUCAGCCCGAGUCCAAUCUCCGGUUAUGGAGUCAAACCUGAAGUUAGGUACAGUCCAGCAGUAGGUAAUAGGGGCGGAUUCUCACCGUUUGGACAUGGAUAUGGAAUCGAGCUGAAUUUUGAGCAAGACCAGACUCAGAACUAUGGAGCUGGUUCCAAUGGAGGCUUUGGACGGCCCUUUAGCCCAGGAUAUGCUGCGGGUCUUAGCAGGUACGGUAGCCAGAUUGAGUCGGGAGGAGCUAGUGUGGGGAACGGUUCUGUGCUAAAUGCAGCAACAAAGAACCAUUUAUGGGGAAAUGGUGGUCUAGGUUACAUGUCAAACUCACCGAUAUCUAGAAGUAGCUUCAGUGGAAGCUCUGGAGUGUCUUCACUAGGCAGCAUCGGAGACAACUGGGGAACAGCUGCACGUGCACGUAAUAGCUACCGCAGUGAGGGAGGAGGCGUAGGAUUAGAAGCAAUGAGAGGUGGUCCUUUUGGUGGUUACAGCAGCGGCUCAAGCAGCUUGGAGGCAGACUCUUUGUACAGCGACUCAGCAUGGCUUUCGCUGCCUGCAAAGGCGGAGGAAAGAUUGGGAAUGGGAGCAUUAGACUUCAUGUCUAGAGGACCAGCUGGAUACAUCAAUAGGCAACCAAACGGAGGAAUUGCAGCUUAGAGAAGUGAGAAAAAACUAUUCCAUGGAGAUCAGAUGAUGAUUUGGCUAUUUGCAGAAGAAAGUUUUUAGAAGAGGAAGAAAUUAAAAAUAUAUAUAUUUGUUCAAAAAAAGCUUAAAGCUUUUCUUUACCUUUUUUUUUACUAUUUUGAUUGUUGUUAUAGUUUGUUCUUUCAACCCUUUUUUUCUAAUUUUGGGGUUUUGUUUCUUUUGAUCUUGAAAAGAAAAAAAAUGUAAACCGAGUGAUAUAAAGAGACAAAGAAACAAUGAAGUGUAUUAUGCU